CCUUUGAAAGAGUGAAUGAUUAAACUUUAUAAGAGACAGAAGACUGCAGAUGUUGGAAUGUGGAGCAACAAAACGAGCUGCUGGAGGAAUUCGGCGGGUCAGAGAGGAAAUGCGGAAAGAAACGGCCGGCGAUGUUUCGGGUGGAAACCCCUCAUUUUUGCCUCCACGAUCAGCACGGGUCUGGCAGUGGUCGGAAUCGUGAUCUUAGCCAGAAGCGUCAGGCUAACUACUAAAUUUACAAAUGCCUUAGAAAUACCUAACAAAUUUAUUGAAAAAAAUAUUAAACUUCGAGGGAGAAUACAUCAUGUAACAGAGAAUGGAUUGGAAGUAGAACACAUUCCUAUUAGCCUUCCUUUUAUUUCAUCCCUGCAAAAAAAAUGGCAACAAGAUGGUCUCCUGAUGAUUAGGUUGGCUGGCUUGCAAAUGACCAAUGAAGGGAGAGCCUGGUUAAGUGAGCAAGUAAAAGAUCCCCAUGUAAUUUGGUUUCAACUUCUGAGAAGGGAGAAUUCUUUUUUGGAUUGCAAUGUGAGAUUAAAUAAGGGAUUACUUUUCUCAAUCUGCCUAAAUGAAGAGAUUUUGAGGGAAGGUCUUGGGCGAACUAUUAAUAUUGAGGGCUUGCACUCUAAUCCCAAAUUGUACUGGAGACUACAGACAAAAUUGCUUAAAGCAGAAAUGAAAGCCGUAAAAAAUGGUAAAGGCAUCUGGAAAGAGCCAACUUUAUUGGAAAAAAUCUCAAAUAAUUUACAGAAUUCUAAGAUUUUGCACAAUUUCAAUAAUCUAAUUUUAUGGGUCAGGUCACUGAGAAACAAGUAAGUUAAUAGCAUUCAGUUGAAGAGAUAUUUUGUAGACUAUACCAGAGAUCUAACCAGUUUUGAACUAGUGACAUGUUUAAGUUUAUCAUUACAAUAUCACAAAAUGUUAUCUUGGUUUAAGGUAGAAAGAUCCAUUUGUAAUAUGCAAGAUGUUAUACUUUGUCUUAUUGGUUUUUUCAGAAAUGGAAAUCUAUGUCUGAUAUUCUGAACUGUAUAUGGAUGUGCGACAAAUAAACAGAGCCUAUGCAAUGCA